AAAGAAGAUUUUAGCUGAGAAACUAGCCAUGGAGGUCUUUCUGUUUCUUUUCUUAUCUUUAACUCUCUGGGGACCUGCAAACAGUGCGUGGUCUGAUGACAAAUUGAUAAGCCCCUCUAGGUUGGAAAUGUUUGUUGAUGUGCUUCUUGACAUGCCCAGAGUCCAAGGCUUCGACAUUAGAAAUGGUGUUCCUGUCCCCAAAACCCUCAAGAUCGGCAUGUACCCCAAAAGAUGGAAAUUUCACAUGGACUUACCUGCGACAAGAGUAUUUGCCUACGGUACUACCAAGUUCACAGCAACGGUGCCUGGCCCGACAAUCGAGGCUCUUCAGGGUAUCAAAACCCAUGUGACGUGGCAGAAUCACCUUCCUCUAAAACACAUCUUACCAUGGGACCCCACCAUCCCAACUGCCAUACCCAACAACAAAGGUGUCCCUACGGUCGUCCACCUUCAUGGUGGUAUUGGUGAGCCUCAGAGCGAUGGCAGUUCGAAAGCUUGGUUCACAGCUGGAUUUAGAGAUACGGGCCCCACCUGGUCCAAAAAGACUUAUCGAUACCACAAUCUUCAACAACCGGGAAAUCUAUGGUACCAUGAUCAUGCGAUGGGGUUGACUAGAGUCAACCUUUUGGCUGGUCUGAUUGGGGCCUACAUCAUCCGUCACCCUAAAAUUGAAGCCCCACUUGGACUCCCUCAAGGAAAUGAAUUCGAUCGUCCGUUAGUAGUCUUUGAUCGUAGCUUCCGCACAGAUGGCUCUCUGUACAUGAACUCCACUGGAAACAACCCCUCCAUACACCCACAGUGGCAACCGGAGUAUUUCGGCGAUAUGAUCAUUGUGAACGGCAAAGCUUGGCCUCGUAUGACGGUACGCCGUAGGAAGUACCGAUUCCGUAUUAUCAAUGCUAGCAAUGCCCGAUUCUUUAGAUUCUUCCUCACCAAUGGUAUGAGAUUUAUCCACGUAGGAUCUGAUUCGGCGUAUCUAGCACGACCAGUCAUGGUGAAGAAGCUUCUCUUGGGCCCAUCUGAAAUUGCUGAUGUCAUUAUUGACUUUUCAAAUUCAACAUCAGAGUGGGUAAUCUUAGCCAAUGAUGCAGCAUAUCCAUAUCCAUCAGGUGAUCCGACGGAUGAGAUCAAUGGGAAAGUAAUGAAGUUUGUGAUCAAAGGGCAGCGUGAGGUUGAUAUGUACCGUGUACCAGCGGAGUUGAUCAAAUAUCCUGCUCCUGAUGUAUCCAGUGCUUCGACCACACGAUACAUCGUGAUGUAUGAGUACACGAGCAGCAUCGAUGAACCAACACAUCUGUAUAUUAACGGUAGAUCAUAUGAGGAGCCUGCAACUGAGAUGCCAAGAGCUGGGUCCACUGAGAUUUGGAACGUGAUCAAUCUGACGGAGGAUAAUCAUCCGUUGCAUAUACAUCUGGGAUUGUUUGUAGUAUUGAAUCAGACGGAGCUGGUGAAUGUUGACGAGUUUAGAGAGUGCAUGAUGAAGAUGAAUGAUGCGGUCAAGUGCCAAGUGAGGAAGUAUGCACGUGGCAAGCAGAUAAGGGUGCCAACGCAUGAGAGGGGAUGGAAGAAUGUGUUCAAGAUGACACCAGGUUGUCUGACGAGGAUCCUAAUUAGAUUCUCAUAUAUCCAUUCAAAUGCAUCUUAUCCGUUCGAUGCGACAGCAGAACCAGGCUACGUGUACCAUUGCCAUAUACUGGAUCAUGAAGACAAUGUGAUGAUGCGGCCUCUGAAGAUCAUCAGUUGAGUAGUUAGGUUAGGUAAAUACCAUGCAUAGAUA